UAGCCCUCAUCGGUAUGCUCGUACUAACCCAUGCGCAGUAGGUAUGGAGUAAUUCGGCGCUGAAAAAGGAAGGAGUACCCGGGAUACAAACCAAGCACUAUUAGCUAGGAGAACAACAGUGUAAACACUGACUACUUAGAUACAUUGCUUUCGAACACUGUGACACACCGCAGAGUUGGCAACAUGGCCGAUAAAGAGGUGUAUGACGAUGCAGUGGAAGAAAGGGUCAUCAAUGAGGAGUACAAGAUUUGGAAGAAAAACACACCCUUCCUGUAUGACCUGGUGAUGACUCAUGCACUGGAGUGGCCCAGCCUUACUGUCCAGUGGCUUCCAGAUGUCACUAGGCCAGAGGGGAAAGACUACACAGUUCACAGGCUGGUUUUGGGGACCCAUACCUCAGAUGAGCAGAACCACCUUGUGAUUGCCAGCGUCCAGGUACCAAAUGAUGAUGCCCAGUUUGACGCUUCUCACUACGACAGCGAGAAAGGAGAGUUUGGUGGAUUUGGUUCAGUGAGUGGGAAAAUAGAGAUCGAGAUCAAGAUAAACCAUGAAGGAGAGGUGAAUCGAGCUCGCUAUAUGCCUCAGAAUCACUGCAUCAUUGCUACCAAGACUCCCACCUCUGACGUGCUGGUUUUCAACUACAAUAAGCACCCAUCAAAGCCAGAUCCCAGUGGAGAGUGUAGUCCUGACAUGAGGCUGAAAGGCCACCAGAAAGAAGGGUAUGGCCUUUCUUGGAAUCCCAACCUCAGCGGCAAUCUACUCAGUGCCUCUGAUGACCAUACGAUCUGUCUAUGGGACAUUGGGGCUGGCCCAAAGGAAGGGAAGAUUGUGGAUGCCAAGACCAUCUUUACUGGCCACACAGCAGUGGUGGAAGAUGUUUCCUGGCAUUUGCUCCACGAAUCCCUAUUUGGCUCAGUGGCUGACGACCAGAAACUCAUGAUAUGGGACACUCGAUCCAGCAACACAUCCAAAGCCAGUCACGCAGUAGAUGCUCACACUGCAGAGGUCAACUGUCUGAGUUUCAACCCCUACAGCGAGUUCAUUCUUGCUACUGGUUCUGCUGAUAAGACUGUUGCAUUGUGGGAUCUAAGGAACCUCAAACUAAAGCUCCACUCCUUCGAGUCCCACAAAGAUGAAAUUUUCCAGGUCCAAUGGUCUCCUCACAACGAGACAAUCCUGGCCUCCAGUGGCACCGACCGACGUCUCAAUGUCUGGGACCUAAGUAAAAUCGGUGAGGAGCAGUCAGCAGAGGAUGCUGAGGAUGGCCCACCUGAGCUGCUGUUCAUCCAUGGUGGCCACACAGCAAAGAUUUCUGACUUCUCCUGGAACCCCAAUGAACCCUGGGUCAUAUGCUCAGUGUCCGAAGACAACAUCAUGCAAGUCUGGCAGAUGGCUGAGAAUAUCUACAAUGAUGAGGAGCCAGACAACACCCCUGCAUCAGAGUUGGAGCCUCAGGGGUCAUAACACAGCUGCGUGCAGGCACAACCCCCUCCACUCCCGAGUGCCAGACUGAGCCCAGCCUGUCGUAUCCCUCUCUGGUUUAUCAUGACUGUGAGCAUUGUGGGGAGUUACGUACGACAUGGUCUCCACCCUUGCUAACAGUUGGACUCUGUGUCAUCCUGCUUUCACUUCAUUAUUGCCCAAAAUCACUUGCCAGGAGCUGGCAGUGUUUGGGGAAUGGGAUGUUGUGGUAAAGGGGCUUUGAAAACUCGUACGAGCAAAACAUCUUCAUGUGCACAAAGUCAUGCGAGUUAUUUAUAAGAUAAUUUCAAAGGAGUCAUGCAAGGAUAACUCAGAAGUGUUACCUUACAGUUUGACUUGUGAGCAGCCAGUUCUGUCAUACCUUAUUUUUGUCACAGAAUGUGGUACUGACAUGACACUUCUCAGCUGUCCUUUGAUAUACAUUCCCUGCCAUGUUUGGUUCCUGUUCAUAAGGUACAGAAGCUCUUCAGCGUUUGGCUUGAGUAAAAGUUGACUGACUAAGGGCACUUGAUGGGAGUGCACAUCUUUAUUUUUACCCUUCUUGUGUUCUUGCAUGUGAAAUUGCCAUAUUUUGUUUCCUGCGCCAUAAAUUGCAAUAAAACUUUUAUAACUUUUCAAAACUAA